GGCACCGGUCUGGCAUGAUUACUCUGCAUGCAUACAAGUCAGCACAAUUUCUUCAGCCUCAGUCAUCAUGGCACCAUCUCAGAUUCAGGACGCUUUUGUUGCCACGCAAAAGUCUACUCCUGUCAAGACAGCCCUUGCAUCGUCGGACUCUCGAUUCGCCACGCUUCCUAUUCCUCCGGCGGAUGAACCGUUUGGAGUGAAUGCAGAAUAUCUCAACGACCCUUAUCCUGACAAAGUCAACCUAGGCAUAGGUGUCUAUCGCACAGAAGAUGGAGCCCCGUGGCCUUUGAACGUGGUGGAAGAAGCAGAGACGCAACUGUAUCAGUCCAAGAACGUUGCACGCCACGAGUAUCUCGCAAUCCAAGGAGAUGUGGAAUACCUGAACCUGGCACGGGAUCUUGUGUUUGGACUAGAGACACCCCAUUCAAGCCAACAAGAUGCAGACAAGGAUCGGAUUGUCUCUAUCCAGACCAUCUCCGGCUCAGGAGCAAAUCGACUGGGCGCUGAAUUUCUAUCCCGCACUCUCAAACCAGGCCGUGUCUGGAUUCCCGAACCAACAUGGGGAAAUCAUCACUCGAUCUGGGAGCUUGCAGGGGUGGAGAAGCAGACAUAUCCUUACUAUGACUUUGAAGGCAAAUGCUUUGACUACGAAAGAACCACGCAGUUGCUGUCGACACAGGCGAAAAGAGGCGAUGUCGUGCUUCUGCAUGCUUGCGCUCAUAACCCUACCGGAGCUGACCCCAGCAAAGAAGAGUGGGCUAAUCUUGCAGUCCUAUGUGAAGAGAAAGGCCUAAUUCCGUUCUUCGAUCUCGCAUAUCAAGGCUUUGCAUCCGGCAGUGUCGAGGAGGAUGCAUGGGCUGUACGGUAUUUCCUCAACUAUCGUCCUCAGCUGGAGUUUUGCGUGGCGCAGUCUUUCUCAAAGAACUUUGGUCUUUAUGGUCAACGUGCUGGAGCACUACACGUGGUGACGAGUGCAAGUUCAACGGGCGUUCCACAAGCCGUGCUGGGAACCCUAUGUCACUUGGUUCGUGGUGAGUAUUCGACACCACCCCGGGGUGGAUCUGAGAUUGUUCGGACCGUUCUCAGCUCCAGAGAUCUAAGAGAUAAAUGGCAACUUGAUCUGGAUUAUAUGAGUGGAAGAAUCAAAGCGAUGCGACAGGCACUAUACGACGAACUGGUACGGCUAGGCACGCCGGGAACAUGGGAGCACAUCCUCGCGCAGAUUGGCAUGUUUUCCUACACCGGGUUGACGGUCAACCAAGUCCUGGCGAUCCGGCAUCGGCACCAUGUCUACAUGCUUCAAUCGGGGAGAAUCUCCAUGCCUGGCUUGAACGAUAAGAACGUAAAUUAUGUGGCAAAAGCCAUUGACGACGUUGUACGCAACGUUGCGUAGAAAACGGUCUCAGCAUGUUUAUAGUGAGUUCUUUUUGGGACAAAGUUUGGAUAAUAGAAAUCAAACCUUCGAUCGCUUGCACAACCUUUGAGGCUAUUUGAUGCGAGACUUAAUUUGCAUAUCUACUAUUGACGGGCUGUGGAGUCGCAAUGCAUAACGAGGGACGGUUUGUUGACGCUUCUCAGUGGCGGUCAAGAUCAAUGCAGCAGCAAUGCAUAUCAAUAAACCUGUUUUCGCCGAAAAUGGAAAUUGGCGAAUUCAGUUACGAUGGAUAUUUUUGAGGGCAUUCAGGGACUGAUUCUGAUGAGUGAAAUGGAUAUAUUUAUCAAAAAUAAAG